AUGCCCGCCCUCGCUCCCACCCUCAAAAAAUCCUACUGGGUUCUGGCUGGCUUUGGCGCUGCCUAUGCCAUCUUCAUGCUAUGCCUCACCAACGUCACCCUCCAGAGACAUGCCCUGUACGCCAACAAGUUGGUUAACGCCUGGUGGGUCGACACAGAAAAGCCCCAGUCUUUCGGGUUUGCCAAGAACCAAGUGACGGCAUUCAACAUCACGACACCAGACCAUGAACAGCUCUAUGCAUGGCAUAUCCUUCCUCUCAACGUGUACGCAGAACAUGAGGUCGAGCUUGCUGCAGCAUCGUCCGGGCCCGUGCAUGACCUUGCGCAGUCGCUCUCUUUUAGUCUUCUUAAAAAAGAUCCCAAUGCUCGUCUUGUCAUUAACUUUCAUGGAAACGCCGGCAAUGUCGCCCAGGGCUGGCGUACAGACACCUACAGGAGUCUAUCUUCACUGCCCAAUGUCCAUAUCCUGACGGUUGACUACCGUGGAUUUGGCCACAGCACCGGCAGUCCUACCGAGGCCGGCCUCAUCGUUGACGCCACCACUCUCGUCAAAUAUGCUCUUGAGAUUCUCCAGAUUCCGCCGCAUCGCAUCGUCAUCGUGGGCCAAAGCCUUGGCACCGCCGUCGCAUCUGCCGUGGGCCUGCAGUUUGCCGAUCCGGCAGCUGCGUUAAGCAUGGUUCCAUCAGGGCAAACUGGGUUUGCGGCUUUGAAUGCGUCCUUUUCCGCGGAGACUGUUAAGCCAGUUGACUUUGCGGGCAUCAUACUCGUUGCCCCAUUCACCUCCCUUCCAGUCCUUGUUGAGAGCUACCGCAUUUUCGGCGUAUUGCCCCUGCUGUCCCCUCUGCGUCCUUACCCAAAGCUCCAAACCUGGCUUCGGCAGCAUAUUGUCGACACAUGGGACAGCAUGGCUCGCAUCAGCACGAUGAUCGGUGCCAUCGCAGCAGACGAAUCGAGGAAGUUUCGUCUGCAUAUCAUUCACGCUAAGAAUGACUUUGAUAUUCGCUGGACUUACGGCGAGACCUUGUUCCAAAAUGCAAGUUCAACGUUUGUUAAACUGACUGGACAGGAGGAAGCGGACGUCCAUCAGCAGUACAUCGAAGCCGAUGGCGGAAGGUCUGCUAUGACGAAGAUCACAAAGGACAGUCACGGCCGCCAGGUUAUCUUGGAUCUUUUGGCCUACGGAGGUCACAAUCGUAUCGUCACGUUUGCCCCAGUGGCGUUGGCAGUGCUGCGAGCCUUUGAUGCCGCGGCCGCAACGGCGUAG